UACACAGAACGCCAGCACGGACUGGUGUGCAAGGACAGUAGUGUAAGCUCCUGCUGAGUGACAGAUCUACUGCACACCGUGGUUUGAACACAAUUACACAAGAGGACCGUUCCGCCUGCACGCUCCAGUACCCUCAGUACCCGGCCUCCCCUUGCCCCCUAAGUGCACCUGCCCUACAUUUAUACCCUGUGGGCUCAGAGAACUUUCGCACCGCGCCAUGCUGGCAAGAGUUGGGUGACGACGGCUUGCAUCAGCUCCCACGGCUCCAGUGAUGUCGACACAGCAGAAUGCGGUGCGAGGGGAGGUGCGUGUUUAACAUUUACAUAAUCAUACUGACUUACGCACCUGUUGUUAAUUUAACCGUCCAAGUCGAUCCAAGGCAAGAGUUAUAAUUAUAUUCUCUCCUCCGCUAGCGACAGCUGGUCUUUGUGAGGCCAUGACGAGAGAGAGAGAAAUCCGGUUAUUUAUUUAGACAUUUUUUUUUUCUGUGUCGAAAGGAACGUUUGGCCCGCAACAGCACGCCACUCGAUCGCUUUGCGCUUUUUCCAUGCUGGGUGUCUGCCGCGCACGUUGAGUGCAGGAGCAGAGAGCGUGUACCCGGGUGGGAAGAUACAGCAGUAUGAUACAGUCGAUAGGCAUUGUGGCUGCCGUGCCAGCGGGUGUUGUGUGUGCAGCUUCGUGUGUCGUCGUGCUCAUCGUCGUGCUGCAGCGACGACGACUGACCUCACGGCAGCAGGAUGGACAGUCGUCCGGUCAGACAGCUGCACUGCCUCUGCCACCCGGGCCUCGGGGUGCAAAGGCUGUGCUUUCUUUACUGAGGGGCAUUACCUUGGGUAACUUUCACCUGGAAGCGCAGACGUGGGCACCGCCUUGCACCCCGAUCUCGAUGUGCACCAGUCACCUGGGUAGCUUUGUGUCCAUCAACCACCCGGAUCUGGUCAGAGAGGCCUUCGCUGGACGCCACACUGAGUCGAUCACUAAUGAUCGUCCCGAAACGUUCAUUGGAAAGUUUCUCUUCUACGGACCCAAGGACAUCGCCAUGGCCUCCAUCACACCCGAGUGGUUUGUGCAGCGAAAAAUGUUCCACUCGGCAUUGAGGCUGUACGGUGACGGCGUGCAGAGGUUCGAGUCCACAGUACAGGAAGAAGUGCGGCGGUUGAUGGAAGAGCUGGAGCAGUGCCUAGGGGAGGAUGUUUACAUAGAAGAACACCUCUCCUUCUCGCUGUUGUGUAUCCUCUCCAUCUUGCUGACAGGCGAGCGGCCGACCAAGGACUCCCCCGUGCCCACCGCCAUGCGACAACUGGACCGUGCCAUCAGCACUAUGGGCACACCUUCUGUGGAUACACUGCUACGCUUUCUACCCUGGCUGCGCCUCGUGCCAGGCUGGUUCCGAAGACAGUGUCACGUGACCCGCGAGAGCCGCGACUGCCUCAUCGAUACCAUCGUUAGCCGUGCGCAGGCAACUGUAUCGGCGGACCACCCACGCGGCAUCGUGGACGCCCUGCUGCUGGCUCAGCGCGUGGGAGGGGUGCGCGUGACAGAUGACCAUGUCAAGGGCCUCAUGCUGGACAUCGUUGUGGGCGGUUACGUCACCUCUCUGACGUCAUUCCUGAGCACGCUCAUUGUGUUUCUCAACUGCCCGCACGUGGUCCGGUCCAUUCAGGCUGAAAUCGACGAUGUCAUAGGUCACAAGACUCCAACCCUGGAGUACCGCAAAGACCUCCAUUACACAGAAGCCACUCUACUGGAGGUUCUGAGGUUCAUGCGGUUUUUCCCCCUGGGACUCCCGCACGAGUGCCAGAAGGCCACGGAAAUCGGCGGUUACCAUAUUCCCAAAGGAACGCUGCUGUUUGCCAACCAGUGGCAGUGCAGUCGCUCGGACGUCUGGGAGAAGGCGGACUCGUUUCUACCAGAACGCUUUCUGGACGAGAAGGGGAGACUGCUCUCUGCCGACCAUCCUACUCGCAGGAAUCUUUUGCCAUUCGGUGUUGGAAAGCGCACUUGCCCUGGCGAGACAUUUGCACGUAGCCGCCUCUUCCUCUUCGUCACAACGUUGUUGCAAAGAUUCGACUUCCUUCCACCCAGUGACGGAAGGGUUAUCCCUCUUGAUGACGUUCCAUGGGUACAGGGUGCUGUGCUUCUACCUCCGCCAUUCAAGUGCCGUGUGCAGAGGAGAGUUACAUAAGCACAGUGCUAUCAUGGACGUGUAUGGGUGGAUUGCUGUCGGUCUGCCAAGAUCAACGCUUAGCCUCUUGCGAAGUUCUCCACUGUUAGUCUCGGCGAGCCCAAACAAAACAAACAAACAAAAAAAAAAAAAAAUGUGCAUAAACCGGAAGGUUUGUACACAACUGCCUCGUUUUAGUAGUUACCUGGAAAAAUCGUCUGCCAGCAGUCAAGUAAUACAAGUUCGUGGUGCUAAUAUAUAUAAGAGCAAGCAAAUGACUGCAAUAUUUUAAAAAAUUGAAUCGCCACAGAUUUUCUUCCAACACAAGUGCCUGACGGGAAAUUCAAAAAAGUCAUCAUCCCAAGGAAAGAAACGGAAAAGGGAGAGCACACAUACCCUGGUAACAUACACGUCAAAGCUAAAACUUCGAUGUUGAUUUCAGACAGGCGAUUAUGCCCUCUAUCUGCAUAAAAUCUCUUAAUGAACGCUGUCUAAAUAUCUUUCCGAAAAAAAAAAAAAACUGUCGAGAUUUAUUAAUAUAUCUCUGAGGUUUAAAGUAUCAGCUGCUUUUCUUGUCUUCAAUCUUCAUCACAUAUCCCAAGCGUUAUUUGGACAUUGUUAAUACAGACGUGUUGUAAUGGUU